AUCAAUUUCAAAAUGGAUGCCACCAAGAAGCCUCUGAGAAUUCCCCCGGAAUUUACUACAUACGCUGAAAGACAUGGAAUAUUUGAUCUCUAUAAGAGACUCAUAGAAAGAGUUAUAAUCAAUAAACCUGAAGACCCUCUUGAAUUUCUUAUUGAGGAGUUAAAAAAAGAUAAUGAUGACGUGCCUGCAAUUUUGAUUCACGGACCACCAGCAUCUGGUAAAAGAACUAUAGCUAAGUUAGUGUGUAGCAAACUGAGAAGUGCUCACAUUACACCUCAAAAUAUCUUGGAAGAUGACGUUUCACCAACAGUUGCCAGAGCUAAAGAAUACCUUGCCAGGAAGGAGGAAAUCCCCACAGCGCUGUGGGUUGAGUUGAUACAGAAUCGUUUGAAGUUGUUUGACUGUGUGAAGAAAGGAUGGGUCCUGGAAGGUUUCCCGCAAACCAGAGAACAAGCUAGAGCACUACAAACUGUUGGAAUACAUCCCAAACAUUUUGUAUUGCUUGAUGCGCCUGAUACUGUACUCAUUGAACGGCAAAUGGGAAAAAGAAUUGAUCCAGAGACAGAAAAUGUAUACCACACUACAUUUGAUUGGCCAAAUGACCCAGAACUUGUCAAUCGUCUUGUGGAACCAGAUGACAACAACGAGGAUGCCAUGGUAAACCGUUUAGUUGUCUACCAUCGACACAUUGAUGGCAUUCUUGAUUGUUACAGUAAAGUUACCAAGAAGAUAAACGCUGAUCAACCAAAAUCUGAUGUCUUUUCACAAGCUUGGACGUUUUUGAACAGUCAGUUGAGAACAGCCGCUCCACACACUCCACGUAUUGUGAUUCUUGGACCUACUGGUAGUGGCAAGAAAACACAGGCAGCAUUGCUGGCUAGCAAAUAUCACUGUGUUUCAGUGUCCACUGGUCAGCUAGUGAAAGAAGCCAUUGCUAAUGAAUCCAAGAUGGGCGAAGCUCUUAAACCGUAUGUGGAACGAGACAUGAUGAUCCCAGAUAAUCUGAUAUUGAAUCUUUUAAAAGAUCGUCUAUGUCAAAUAGACUGUGUUUCUAGAGGAUGGGUGUUACGUGGAUUUCCAACAACAAGAGAACAAGCUGAAAACCUUUGCAGUGCAGGCUUUGAACCAAACAGAACUUUUUUCUUGGAUGUGCCAAAUGAUUCUGUUAUUGAAAGACUUGUGCUGAGAACUACCGAUCCAAUUACCGGUGAGCGAUACCACGAGUUGUACAACCCGCCUAGAACUCAGGAAAUCAAAGAUCGUUGUCGCCAACACGUAAAAGACACUGAAGAGGAAGUAAAGAAACGACUGGCUUCCUACCAGGCAUAUGCCAGUGAAAUUGCUGAUUUUUAUGAGAGUGCACAGCAUGUGAACGCCGAUCAGGAUCCACACACUGUAUUUGAAUGCUUGGAGAGUAUGCUGGUGAACCCUCUGCCAAAGCGAUACGGUGGAGGCGAUCAGUGAAACUCAGCAAAGACGAUUACCUUAUAUUCCUAUUGAUUCAGCAAUUUAAUGUUGAUGGAGGCACCGCAGACCAUUGCAAGUUGACUGUUAUCGUUUUUCUCUUAUGCCCUGGGAUUGUCAGUUUGGAUAUAUGUGACAUAGGUGUUUCUUGAUUUUUGUAAAUAUUCUGAUUAGUCAUAAAAAUAAGAAAAUAUAUUCAGUCAUACGUUUAGUGGUGUAGAAAGCAUUAUCCAAUGUGUUUGCCUUCUCUCACCAUCAAGUACAUCUAUACCUUCCACAGACAUUCAGCAUGGAGAAGUUUACAGCCAAGUGCAUUAGCAGAGUAAUUCAUCUAAGCUUACAUAUAGCGACUUGGACAUCCUCCUCACACACAUUUGUAUGAAUUUGUUCAAAUUUGGAGCUGGUGAUAAUUAAAACAUGCACACAGUAGACGUAAUCUCUUUAUUAAACAGUCAUCCCAAGUCAGUACAAAAAUAAAAAGCUACCGUAUAUAAACAACACAAUGCGAUGCGAUUUUUGUGCACGGUAAUUGAAAUCAUCUUUGAUCACCCUCCUCCCCUAAAUCAAAUUUGCUGUGUGAAUGUUUUGAUUAUGCACAACCUCUAGGAAUCAAUUAUGCAGUAUUCAAAUACAUUGAUGCUUAUUAUAGCUUGGAUGAAUUCCACUAUAAAAAUUUUCUUCUAAUCAGUUUACUGCUACUGUAUUGCUUUUUCUUAAAACCAUAAAUAAUCAGUGUAAUUCAAAGUUUCAGUUGUUUGUCUUGUAUUUACUGAGGGACGACGUCAAAAGAUCGAUGUCGGAUAAAAAACUUAUAUCCUUUAGUUUGGGGGUGGGGGGUUUUGACCUCAAAAAGUUUCCAUCCUACAAAAACGAUUUUAUUUUUUAAUGAAGUCAAAAAAAUCUUGGAGUAUUUGUAGUUCGUUUUUUUCUAUCCAAUCAUGGACAGAAAUAACUGAAAAAGAAAAAAAAACAUCCAAGACGAGAAAAUGGUUUGGUUCGAGUGUAAAUCUGUGCGUCAAAUGAGGUGCAUUUGUAAAAUCUGUUUACACCCACCCGACAACCAACUGCUAUGCAAUACUACUGUCCGAUUAUCAAUUUGUAUUUAAUGGUGAAUGUAGUCUGACGCCAUGACCAAUAUUUAUCAAUUAAGUUUCAGUGGGGGGGUAGGGGGGUUUGGAAAAAAACUAAAGGAAUUAAGUUUUUUAUCCGACAUCGAUCUUUUGACGUCGUCCCUAAGUCCACAUUAAAGUCGUUUUUGUCAUCAAAAUGUGUCUUUCAUUAAAUGUGUGUUAUUAAACUCCCCUUCCGA